AUGUUUGUCAUCAAACGGUGGACCCGUCUGUCAAAAGCGAGGAUGCCGAUAUCUGCCUGUUCUGUGCGAACUCGUAUCCUGUUCGUUGGGUCGAACCCGCGCCUAAUCGAAACUAGUCUGCGAAAGGGCGAACGGGGGACCUACUGUGUCGAACUUCGGGAGGCUGACUGUGCCCCAAGAAACGCACCCUUUAUGUAUGCCACCAUGCUGGGGUGGACACCGCGACUGCCAAUGAGAAGGGGCAGCAUGCUGGAACAGCAGAAGAGCAAGAGGGAAACCCGGAAAAAGCCAUGCGAUGAGAGAGAUCGACAGCAGUGGAGAGGGUCCGGCGAGGCAGGAAACGGGCGGUUUCAUCUGCUGGUUAGCUGGGUUCGAGACAGAUUAACCCUCCCUGACCCGGUCAGACGCUGGUAUUACACCUUGAUCCAGAUGCCUGUUCUUCCUCCCCAGCCCAAUUUAAAUCCAAUUGAACCCGCUGUUGCAUCCCUCGUUUUCUUCUUGUUGCCUUCUUUCGGUCGCCCUUCCACCCAUCCCUUCCCUUCAUUCGGCCUUAGGGACGACCUUUGCAUCCCUCACGACCAAAGUCUUUCCUUUGCUGGUGGUCCGAGGAGGAAUCGCAUCUGGCGAGCUAUUGUGUCCGCCUUGCAGAUUCCCUGGCGAUCUGCACAUGAUCCGAUAAAUCUAUCCCAAUUCCCCUGGGAGGCUGUGGUGGCGCACUGUUUCGCGGUCCGCACUACACACCACCACCACCAUCAUUAA